CGUCCUUAGAAGCGCCGUCAUCCUGUUGUUGAUACUUUUAGCAAGCUAACAAAAGCUAGCUAGCUGUAGUUAAUCCUUGUAAUGUAAAAUGUUUUCAAUAAUCUAACUCCAGGUUCGUGACUUAUCUUUGGAUGGUAAAAACUAUCUAGAAUAAUCGUUCCUCCCCAUUCCCAGUAACCAUGACAGCAGCUGCUCUUCAGAUAGGAGACCAGCUUAUCUUGGAAGAAGACUAUGAUGAGAACUAUAUCCCCUCUGAACAAGAGAUCCACGAGUACGCAAGAGAGAUUGGCAUUGAUCCCGAUUGUGAGCCGGAGCUCCUCUGGCUGGCCAGGGAGGGCAUCGUGGCCCCACUGCCUGCAGAGUGGAAGCCCUGUCAGGACGUGACGGGGGACGUGUACUACUUCAACUUCUCCUCGGGCCAGUCCACCUGGGACCACCCCUGUGACGAGCAGUACCGCCGCCUGGUGGACCAGGAGCGCCAGCGCGCCCAGCCGCGGCCCGGUACCGCCGCCCCCACGGGGAGGAAGGACAAGGACAAGGAGAAGAAGAAGAAAGACAAGAAGGAAAAAAAGGGCAAGAAGAAAAAGGAGGUCGACGUUUUCAAGCCCAGAGGGCCUUUGAGCUCUUCCCGAGGGCCACUGCCGGCUCCGUUUGGAAGCCUGGCCCCUCUGCGGGGCCUGGAUGCCUCCCCUGGCCCCGUUCCUUCCCUGCGGGGGUCCCUUGGCAGCUCAGGGGGACUGGAGCCCCUUAAGACCCCCUUGGGAGGCCCUCUGUCCAGUCUGGGCUCCAGUCUGCUGGGGGGCCGGCACGAGGAGCGGCUGUCCCUGUCCCUGGCGGGCCUGGACGACGACGAGGACAACAUCUCAGAGGACGAGAGUCCUAGAGGCUCAGCCCGCCUGCUGCAGAACCUCCAUCUGGACCUGGACACUCUGGGAGGAGGGCUGCAGUAUGAGGACAGUGAGGCCAGUGUUGCUGCCCCACCCGAGGAGAAGACCGAGCCAGAGUUACAGGACCUGGCCCUGUCUGGAGAGCACAGCCCUGAUCCCCCUUCCCAACAGUACGAGGCCAGUGAGCACAUAGAGGUGGCUUCAUCCUCAACGGACGACAUCAAGGCUGGGUUCCGCUCGAGGCUGUCAGAGAAGGUUCUGGACCUGAAAGACCUCUCCCCUGCUGUCAGCCCCCUCCUACAAGAAAAAGAAGGGAAGGAUUCAUACAAGGAGGAGGAAGAGAGAGACGAGAGGAGGAAGAGGGCAGAAGCUGCUGAAAAGCGUCUCAAGGCCGCAGGCAUGGAGCUCAGCUCCUCCCGGGCCAGCAGCCCCUCCCACUCGGAGGCGCAGCGCCCACGCGCAGAGGGGGGCAGCGUGAGCGCCAGUCUGGGGGUCCCCCCGGAGACGACCAGGGGCAGGCUGGUCCGCACGGCCGGCGCCCAGCGCCCAGAGGCCCAGAGCCCCACCAGGGACGCCCCGGACGAGGAGCGGGAGGAGACGGAGAGGCGGGCGGCGGAGGCGGAGGAGCGCGCGCGGCGGGACAGGGAGGAGAAGAUGAGGGCGCUGGGAGAGGAGCUGAGGAGGGAGGAGGAGGACGAGGAGCGCAGGCUGAGGGGGGAGAGCGAGGAGAGGGUCAGGGCUCUGAGGCAGCGUCUACAGGAGAAGGACAGAGGGGAGGAGAGCAGGCUGCGUGUGGAGUCAGAGAGUAGGCUGCAGGAGCUGAGAGAGAGCGCCCUGAAGGACAGGGAGCACCAGCAACGCACCCUCAGAGAGGAGGGGGAGGCCGUGCUCAGAGAGCUGCGGGCUGCCCUGGAGGCAGACCGGGGGGCGGAGCUUGAGAACCUGGAGACUCAGAGGAGGCAGAACCUGGAGCGUCUGAAGGCGGAGUCAGAGGAGGAGCUUCGGGCCGAGAGGCGUAGGCUAUUGGCCGACAGGGAGGUGCAACUGGACUCCCUCAAACAGGAGGCCAGAGGCAGUGAAAGGAGGAAGGAGCAGAGGAGCCCUGGCCCCGGACAGCAGCUGGCAGACUACCAGAGAGAGCUGGGUGAUGUCAUGCAGGAAGUGCGGGAGGAAGUUCAGCGAGACCACAACAGGAAAUUGGAGCAGCUAAGAGACGAGCACCGCAGAGAGCUCAACGCCAUCAGAGAGAGACACCUGGACGAGGAGGGCGCCCAGCGGGAGCGUCUGAUGGGCGAGCUGCAGGAGGAGAGAGAGCGCCUGCUGGCCUCCCACAGCACCCAGCUGGAGAGGCUCACCUCCCAGCUCACCUCCCAGCUCACCUCCCAGCUCAGCAAGGCACGACAAGCACACGCCUACAAGGAGGCAGACCUGCAGGAGCUGUCAGACCAGUUGAAGCUGAGGGCCAGGGACAUAAAGAGCCAGGAGGCCUUGCUGCAGACCAGGGCAGCAGAACUGAAGAAGAGGAGGAGCCAACUUGGGGAGGAAGAGGGAGAGGUAGACCGAGGACUGGAGGUGAAGAUUCAUGUUCUCUCCAUCAUCAUCAUCAUCGUCAUAAUCCUCAUUAUCUGCUGUGCCUCCUCUUGAUGCUGAUGUGUGUGUGUGAUUCCAGGGUCUGUCACGGGUGAUGCAAGAGAGAGAUGGACUGAGGGAGGAUCUGGAGAGGGUGAGGGAGGAGAGAGACAGAGCCAGGCAGGACGCGGAGCGAGCGACG